AUUAUGAGUAAAAUGUAUGCGAUGUUCAUAUAACCAUAAUCUAAAUGAAGAAAACAAAACUAAAUCCAGGUCAUUGAUUGAGUCUUCUUCCAUCUCCCUCUCCCUGGAGAGCCAAGAAACAUAGCCAGAAACUACCAUGAAUGCGACAAAAACAAACAGAAAACCUUCUCUUAAAUAAAACCACUCCAUAAUUCAUCCCAAAUAAUACUCUCUCCGUCUCCAUUUCCCUCUGAAUCUCUCAGAGGGAGAUAGGGAGAAAGAAGGAGAGUCUGGUUGUUGCAGAGAAGAUUAUCCUAUUCAAAGUGAUGAUCCCACGUACUCUCUUCUUUUUCACCUUCGACAUAAAACAGGGGAGAACAGAGCGAAACAGAGGGAAAAUAGAAUAAAUUAGAGCAAGUCCCGUUUUAUUUCAAUGCAACUAUCAUUCAAAAUCCUUCAGAAUCUCUCAUGGACAUUCUUGAUUUUUCUUAUUUUCUUCUUUCUCUCUUCUUCUGCCACCCGUAAUUCUGAAAUCCAACUUACCUGCGGUUCCCAUAAGGACGAGCUCAAUUCCACUAUCUCCACGUCUUUCGUUCCAAAUUUUGUCAAAGUCAUGGAAUCUAUCCAACAACAAGUGUCUAGGAGAAACUGGGGGCAUGCUGCUGUUACCUGGCCAUCGCCUCAGGUCCAUGCCUUAGCCCAGUGCCACAGUGAUCUCUCUACCCUUGAUUGCAAACUCUGUUUUAGCCAGGGCAGAGUAAAGCUUCCCGGUUGCCUCCCCAGUACGGCUGCUCGUAUCUUUCUUGAUGGCUGCUUUCUUCGCUACGAUAAUUACAGCUUCCUCCAUGAAUCCAUCGACCCUAAUUAUGAUAAUGUGAACUGUAGCCAGGCAGCAGGUGUUUUGAUAGAUAGCUCUUUGCACAUGGAUUUUAGGAGAAAGGUUGCAGAUGUGAUCAAGAAUGUCACUGAAAGAGCCCUUGGCAACGGAACGUUUGCCACUGUAGAGGGAAAAGGAGGAGUCGUUCCAGCUUAUGCAUUGGCUCAGUGUUGGAAUUCACUUAACUACAGGGAGUGCAGAGAUUGCUUGGUGAAGGCAGGCUCACAAUUGAGGACAUGUGCUCCUGGGGCACAGGGCCAGGCUCUGUUUACCGGUUGUUAUAUGCGGUAUUCUACAGAGAGAUUCUUUAACACCAGCUCAGAAGCAGCAGACCAAGGAAGCUCACAUGCUGGUAUGAUAGGAGCAAUUGCCUUAGCAGCAGCAGCCUUUAUCGUGCUGGCUUCCUUUGGUGCUUUUAUUGGGUAUGGGAGAUUAUCUAAGAGGAAAGCAGAGCAAAACAAUCUUAGGGGCCUUACAAACUGGUCUAAUUUGAAUUUUAAGUAUGAAGUGCUUGAGAAGGCAACCAAUUUUUUUAGCGACGACAUGAAAUUAGGUCAAGGAGGGGCCGGUUCUGUAUUUAAAGGAAGUCUCCCAGAUGGAAGAACGGUUGCAGUUAAGAGAUUGGUCUAUAAUACACAGCAAUGGGUUGAUCAAUUCUUCAAUGAAGUGAACUUGAUCAGUGAUAUUCAACACAAAAAUCUUGUAAGACUUCUGGGUUGCAGUAUUGAAGGCCCUGAGAGCCUUCUUGUUUAUGAAUAUGUACCCAACAGGAGCCUUGAUCAAAUUCUUUUCAUGAAGAACACAAUACAUAUCCUAAGCUGGCAGCAGCGGUAUAAUAUCGUCCUUGGAACAGCAGAAGGGCUUGCGUAUCUUCAUGGAGGUUCAGGAGUAAAAAUUAUCCACAGAGACAUAAAAACUAGCAACAUUCUCCUUGAUGAGAUGCUUACUCCAAAGAUUGCUGAUUUUGGACUUGCUCGUUGCUUUGCGACUGAUAAUACCCAUAUUAGCACAGGGAUUGCAGGAACACUGGGUUAUAUUGCUCCUGAGUAUCUUAUUCGAGGACAGCUAACAGAGAAAGCAGAUGUUUAUGGUUUUGGUGUUCUUGUUCUGGAGAUUGCAACUGGCGAAAAGAAGAGCAUUUAUUCACAGGGAUCGAAUUCAAUUUUGCACUCUGUUUGGAAGCAUUACAAGGCAAAAACACUUGCUCAAGCCAUUGAUCCCAGGCUUAGAGAUAGACAUCCUGAAAAAGAUGCAGAAAAUGUGCUUCAAAUAGGACUUCUAUGCACACAAGCUUCUGCUUUACUAAGACCGUCCAUGGCUGAAGUAGUUCAGAUGCUAACCAAUAGAGAAUGUGAAAUCCCUUCACCAAAGCAACCUCCGUUCUUAAAUGCUAGUCUAAUUAAUGCAGAUGACUCCACAGAAAACUCUAUUACGAUUUCACUUACCAAGAGUACUUCCAUAACCAUAAAUCCGCAAGUAUUAACUCAACUACCCUCGAAUGAUGCCCAAUAUUCAUUUGUUACAGCUAGUCCCACGUGGAGUUGUGCUUCAUUGGAAAAUUCUGAGACAAGAUAGUAUCAACUCAAUAGUGUAUAUUCAAUAAAUGGACCAAUGUAUAGUGCAUAUUCAAGAAUUCAAGUCAAGAGACAGACCUCUUUGCAGUACCUGAAGUGGGUUGGUAAAGAAUCGAUCGAGCAAGACAUCUGCCAGUGGAGAAUGACGUGUUUCAGCCAUUGAAGUUGAAAAGAGUUGGUACACAUAAAGUGGAAGGACAAGGUUGGCUUAUCACGCGGAGAUGCUUGGCUGCUUAUGAUACUUGGAAUUUUUCCAUGGAUAGGGGAGAUUCACAUAGUUUUUUCUUUUAUUUUUUAAACAAAACCUUAUGUAAUUUUGGGUCAUUCCCUCGUAGAUCUUUAAAAAAAGGGAAGAAGAAUCUUUUUUUUGCUCUUCCUUUUUCUUUCUUUCAUGUCCUAAGGUCUACGUGGGUUAAUCUCUUUUAGGUAUGGCCUUUUUCAAACAUUUCUUUCAGGUGGCGUAUUCUAUGAGAACAGAAUUAGAAAAAUGUGAAAUGGGUUUGUUUGUCACUCAAUUUUUCCUGCAAUGUGGUCAUGUCGGCAUCGAAAGGCAUCACCAACUACUACUCAUGAUGGAUGAAGUUGAAACCUAUUGCCAUCCACAGUGAGUGGUUCUGGCUGGCACUAUGGAUAAUAGUAAUAAUAAUAAUAGGAGGCUCCCUUGCCGAUAAAUUUGUUUUAAAACCAUCUCAAACUCCACUUUAAUUCAUUCUAUGCUGUUGCUCAAUAAUCUAGUUCAUUGCAUUGUGCUAAAAUUUAGUCUAAAUUUUGCUAGGGGUUAUUUUCGAGAUUGUAACUUGUACCGCUAAAUUUAGGCAUCUUGCUCUCACCUUUUCUUUUCUUACCUCUUCGUCGCCAACUCACUUCAUGUCAGGUCAUUUCUUCCUAUUGUUCUCCAUUUUCAAAUUCACACUUGCUGCAUCCCAAGCCUUUUUCUGCCUUUUGCAACAAUGUCAAAUGUAAAUCAGUUAGUCGCCUUUAUGCACUGGAUUGGUCGCCAAAGGAAGAAGAGGAAGAUGGAAUCGGUCUUAGACUCGGAGGGGGCUCUGAAAACUUCACUACCGCAACCUUCACCAUCCAAUCCUUUCCCUUGUCCUAUUCACUGUCGCCAUUGUUGUGGAUCUGUCAUGUGCUUUAAUGGAAGAAACCAUCACAACUUGUACUUUAUAUUACUAUCUGGUAAAAAUAGAAAUUUUUUUAAAGAGUUAGGCUUGACAUCUGUUGAGAUCCUACAUUGAUUUUGGCUUGGACACUCUUUUCUCCUUAAACUAACUUUUGGGGUGAGUUAGGCCCGAUCUAUUUUAGUAUUUCACGUUUUAGGUAUUCGUUCUUGGGCAUGAGAAAAGUUUAUUAAGAUUCCA